GUAAUAACUUAAGGUGAGGGUUUGAGUAGGCUAAAUAUAUGUUCUUUCUUCUUCAACUUCUUAUUGCUCUGCUGCUCCUUGCAAUUGUUAUUGUAUUUACGAGGCCAUCUCUCUGAAUCCCUCGGGGAAUACAGCGUUUCGGCUACGCAUCUUAAAAUCAUAUGUUUUCACAUUUCUACUUCAAAAAUUGUAUCGGAAACCCAUCAAUCUGCAAAACAAAGGGUAGAGAUCGGUGCAUUCUAGGGCCCUUAUUACAGAAUUUCAGGAUCGGUGAAUAUAAGAUUUAACAAUGUUUGGAUCCAAUCCAUUUGGGCAACCAAGCUCCAGUCCUUUUGGGGCACAGCCAGCGUUUGGACAACAAAAUACUGCAACUAAUAAUCCUUUUGCAGCAAGGCCUUUUGGGAGUACAAGUCCUUUUGGUGCACAGACUGGAAGUACAUUGUUUGGGGGCAAUUCCACUGGCGUUUUUGGAGCAACACCAAGUCCCUCACCAUUGGCUACAUCCACACCAGCAUUUGGGGUUUCAUCCACACCAGCAUUUGGCGCUUCAUCCACACCAGCAUUUGGCGCUUCAUCCACACCAGCAUUUGGUGCAUCAUCCGCACCUGCUUUUGGCUCGAGCUCUAGUCAAUUUGGUGCAACAUCCGUAUUUGGGCAGAAGCCUGCAUUUGGAGGAUUUGGGUCACCAAACCCUGCUCAAUCAAGUCCUUUUGGAAGUACAUUUGGUCAAACACAACCAGCUUUUGGUAGUCAACCAUUUGGUGGUGCCACUAGUCAAUCCGCUUUUGGUUCUACUUUAACUCCUUCAUUUGGAUUUAGUAACAAUUCAUCCUUUUCUCAAUCGGCUAAUGCUUUUGGCUCAGCGUCGACUCCAGCAUUUGGGAACAGCCCUUCAGCAUUUGGAGUUCAAUCUACCACUUCUACGUUUGGCAGCCCAGGUUUUGGGCAAACACCAUUUGGUGGACAACGUGGAGGUAGCAGAGUAGCACCAUACACGACUACUAAUGAGACAGAUAGUGGCAGCAGCGUCACUGGGCAGACGACGACGCCUGGAAAACUGCUUUCUAUAUCAGCUAUGCCACAAUACAAGGAGAAGAGUCAUGAGGAACUAAGAUGGGAGGACUAUCAAUCGGGUGACAAAGGUGGGCCCAAUCCUGCAAGUCAACAACCUGCAGGUGGUCUUUUUUCUCAGCCAACACAAUCUAGCCCCUUUGGCCAGACAACACCCUCUGCCUUUGGCCAGACAACAUCAGCAACACCUGUCUUUGGCCAGACAGCACCAUCUGCCUUUGGCCAGACAACACCAUCUGCAUUUGGCCAGAUGACAACAUCUGCUUUUGGUCAGACAACCCCUGCCUUUGGGCAGGCAUCUGCUGCAAAUCCAUUUUCUUCUACAUCUCCUGGAAUUUUUGGAAAUAAAGCAACAGGAUUUGGUUCUUCAUCAGGUGCUACAUUUAACUCACCUUUUGGGGCUACCUCUUCAUCUAGUCCUUUUGGUACAGUUUCUUCAUCUCCAUCUCUUUUCGGAUCGUCAACAACACCAGCCUUUGGAGGGGCAUCUUCUGCCUCUCCUUUUGGUACAUCAAGUUCUCCAGCAUUUGCUGCAACCCCUUUCGGCCAAUCUCAACCUGCAUCUUUGUUUGGUUCAACUCCAUCCCUAGGGUCAAGUCCUGCUUUUGGACCAAGUACCCCAUUUGGAAACACUCAGUCAUCUGGACUGUUCCAAUCUUCUACACCUGCUUUUGGUCAGUCUGCACCAGCCUUUGGCCAGUCCGCACCAGCCUUUGGCCAGUCCUCACCUGCAUUUGGCCAAUCUACAACAACUUUUGGUCAGUCCCAACCAGCCUUUGGUCAGUCCCAACCAGCCUUUGGCCAGUCUACACCAGCAUUUGGCCAAUCCACACCAGCAUUUGGUCAAUCCACACCAGGUUUUGGUCAGAAUACCCCUGCCUUUGGACAAACUUCAAAUGCAUUUGGCCAGACGACACCUGCUUUUGGAAGUAACUUGUUUUCCAAUAGCUCAGCAUCGAUGAUGUCACAGAGCAAACCAGCAGGCCUUACACAGGCAAUGCCUUCGCUAUUUGGUGGAUUCCAAAAUUCUGUUCCCACCCAGACACAGGGUGGUGCAUUUUCCUUUGGGAAUUUUGGUCAGCCACAGGCAGCAGUUGCUCCUAGUGGUUUUGGUGCUGCAUCAACUCCAGCCUUUGGGCAGACCAACUUUGGACAACCCGCUCAACAGAACAUGAUGGUUAUGGCACCACAGCCAGUUAGUAAUCCUUUUGGGACUCUCCCACCGAUGCCUCAGAUGUCUAUUGGCCGGACUACUCCAUCCAUUCAAUAUGGAAUAUCAAGCAUGCCUGUUAAUGAAAAACCUGCUCAAGUAAGGACAACAACACACCUGUUAGCUCCACGGUAUAUAGCUCCAAGGUCAAGGAUCCAGAUGCAUUCACGAAGAUAUAAUCCUAAAAAGGAUGGUCCCAGGGUAUCAUUUUUCAGCGAUGGUGAAGAAGCACCAAGCAAUCCAAAGGCAGAUGCCAUGUUCUUCAUCCCCAGGGAAAAUCCAAGGGCACUAUUUAUUCGACAGCCUGAGCCGUCUUCCCCCUCUAUGGUGCUGAAGCCAGCUGUUAACUUGAAGGAAAUGGCUGUGCCUAUUAAUGAUCAUGGAACUAUGGGACAAGAUAGCAAUGGGAAACGUUUAUUUGAAAAUGAUACAUUUACACAGGAACCUGAAAAUGCCAAAGAAAAUUGGCCAGGUGGUGUGGAGGAUGCAAACAUUCAGAGCAAUUCGCUGUCCUCAAAGCUAGUUGACGAUCAUGUAAAAUCUUCUUCCAGACAGAAUGGUUCUAGCGAGGAGCAUAAUCACAGAGGAAAUGGUUAUAUAUCAUUUUCUGGCCAUAGAGCUGGUGAAGCUGCUAUUGUUUAUGAGCAUGGUGCAGACAUUGAAGCAUUGAUGCCUAAGCUUAGACAUUCUGACUACUAUACUGAACCAAAGAUACAAGAACUAGCAGCAAAAGAACGUGCUGAACCAGGUUAUUGCCGACGGGUUAAGGACUUUGUUGUUGGAAGGAAAGGCUAUGGGUUUAUUAAGUUUUUUGGAGAAACUGAUGUUAGGCGGUUGGAUUUGGAGAGUAUAAUUCAAUUUAAUAAGUGUGAGGUUCUUGUCUAUAUGGAUGAAAGUAAAAAACCACCUCCAGGACAGGGCCUUAACAAACCAGCAGAGAUAACCUUGUUAAAUGUUAAAUGCGUUGACAAGAAGACAGGUCAGCAUUGUACAGAGGGUGUGGAAGUGGAGAAAUUUGAGAAAAGGCUGAAAAGAAAAACCGAAGAGCAGGGGGCAGAAUUUAUUUCAUUCAAUGCUAUUAAAGGAGAAUGGAAAUUCCAUGUGAAACAUUUCAGUAAGUACGGUCUUGAUGGAUCUGGCUUUUGGAAAAUGUGAGAAAUUUGAGAGAAUGCUGAAUGGAAUAUCUGAAGAGCAAGAUGUGGAAUUAAUGUUGUACAAUGGUGUAGUGAAGGAAAAUAAUGAACUUUCGAUGGAGCAAACAGAAUGAACAAUCUCACCUGUGAGGAUCACAAGGGAUAUGAAGCAAGGAACAACAUAUUUAGUUUCUGUUGCUAUUCUUAUACUGUUUCAUAUAAAUGUUUAUAGUCUGUAGGAAUGGCUUCUGAAUUACUUAUAUGUCUUCAUCUAAUAGUUAAGUUGAUGUUUCUUGAUACACUGCAUCUCUAUGGAUUGCUGGGUAAGCGGUGGAUUUGUUGGACUGUGUUAUCAAGUUUCAUGCACCUUAUUUGCUGUGUAAAACCCAAGGCUCAAGAAAGAAAAAGUUAACGUAUGCUAAUAUUUUUACUGCUUUUUGAUAUAGAAUAUAUAUUUUUUCAAAAUCA